CGGAAGUAAAGAGUGAAUGACAACUUUUGCUGUAGUUGUUGUUAUUACAGAAACAGCAUGAGGGGCAGCUGGGUGUGUAGACAGUUGUGUUUACGGGACAGCAGAGCACAUACAGCUUAUAAGGCAUGGAGGAGAGGUUUUGAGACCUCUGUGGCUGCCUCAUCUUACGAUGUCAGAAGAGUAGACAUAACACCUUUGGAGCAGAGGAAACUGACUUUUGAUACUCAUGCUCUGGUACAGGACUUAGAGACUCACGGUUUUGAUAAAGCACAAGCGGAAACUAUUGUGUCUGCCCUGGCAACACUUACAAAUUCCAGCAUAGACACUGUCUACAGGGAUAUGGUGACCCGUGCACAGCAGGAAAUUACCUUGCAGCAGAUCAUGGCACACUUGGACUCAAUUCGGAAAGACAUGGUGAUUUUGGAAAAGAGUGAAUUUGCAACUCUGAGAGCAGAAAAUGAGAAAAUGAAAAUCGAAUUAGAACACGUUAAACAUCAUCUUUUGAAUGAAACUAAUCAGAUCCGAGCAGAUACCAAACUGGAUAUGAACCUAGAAAGAAGCCGUCUGACAGACAUGUUUACAGAACAAGAAAAGAAAUUUAUGGAAACCAGCACAGAUUUUCACAAAAAGAACACAGUUACAGAUGGUGUCAUUACAGAAAUCAACAAGAAAAUUGAUAUAGAUAUAGCUUCUCUCAAGACAUUAAUGGAAUCUCAUAAACUGGACACGAUCCGCUAUCUGGCAGGAUCCGUGUUUGCCUGUUUAGCAAUAGCCUUGGGAUUUUAUCGCCUAUGGAAAUAGAUAUGGGAACAGCAACUACACUUGAAGCUGUAAACAAUUUAUAUAAACAUAUUUUCUACGUACAUUAAAUAAAUAUUGCAUUUAAUGGAGCAGCAGCAGGGCAUGUACUGAAAUUAUAAUGAUUUCUAAUGUAAACAUUACCUUGCUACGGAGAACGUCCUGUUUCUGUAUAUUGGAUGAAACUGUUACAUAUUUAGCACAAUAUCAUUUUUGUACCAUUAAACAAAUAAGUUUAUCAUCUAUUAAAAGUGGCUAUUUAUGUAACAAA